CCUUCUACUGCUUUUUUCAGCGCUGCUGUCAUUGGCCCAACCCGGCGCCAGCAAUUUUUAAAGCGCCGGAGCUCUACCGACGUCACUGGUACAGUAGUGAGUGGCAGGCAUAUUUUUUUUAUGUAGGCCGACUUACACAUAACUUUGCAUCCCAUUCAACAACACCUCCAAUUGUUUGUAAUUCCAAGCUAAAAUACUGUCAUCAUGGGCAAAAAGCGCAGAAAUUUCGGCCACCACGAUAAGCCAGCCAAGAAGCCAAACCACCAGCAACGGGCACCUCCACCACCCAAGAAGCCUCUGAAUAAGAACCAGAAGAAGCAGCAGGCCUUCCAGCAGCAGCAGCUAGAGCAGAACCCAAUCAUUCCAUUCGAUCGGGAUGAGCGCAUCCUACUCGUUGGCGAGGGCGACCUCAGCUUCGCGGCCUCGCUAAUCAAGCACCACCGUUGCACAAACGUCACAGCCACCGUCCUGGACGCCAACCACAACGAGCUCGUCGACAGAUAUCCCGAUGUAGAUAGAAAUAUUGCCAUAAUCAACAAUGAGCCCGAACCAGAACCCGUCAAGGCUGAUAAUGACAGCGAUGAUGAUGUCGAGGACGAGGACAAUGAGGAUGACGAGAACAAGACAGAUACCAAGGCAAAGGAAGACUCCAACUCCAAACCACAGUCUGAAGAAUACACCGUCCCUGAAGACGAGGACGAAUACGACAUGCAAGGCAACCUUGUCCGCGCCGCGCGCCCUUUCCUCCCUCCCAAUAACCGCCUUCUCUACAACAUCAACGUCCUCAAGCCUCUCCCAUCGAGCAUGAAGUCCACCAAGGCCAAGACCUACCACCGCAUCUUCUUCAACUUCCCCCACGUCGGCGGCAAAACCACCGACCAGUCCCGCCAAGUCCGCCACAACCAAGACCUCCUCGUAAACUUCUUCAACCGCCUUGCCACGCUGCUCUCCGUCUCCCCCACCGCACACAACGACAACCCGUACUCGUCAGAGCCGCCAGCACCUACACCCACCAUGAUCGUCACGCUCUUCGAAGGCGAGCCCUACACACAAUGGAACAUCCGCCAGCUCGCCUCGAGUGCGGGACUCGUCCUCGAUCACUCUUUUAAGUUCUUCGCCAAGGCGUACCCAGGCUACGCGCACGCCAGGACCCUCGGCGUCGUGAAGAACCGCAAGGGCGAUGUGGGCGGCGGCUGGAAGGGCGAGAACCGGCCGGCACGUACAUAUCUGUUCAGAAGAAAGGAUGACCCUGCGCUGCCGCAGAUGUCGCAGACAAAGAAGCGCAAGCGAGAGGCACAGGAAUCCGAUGAUGAUUCAGAUUAGCAAGCAAGACGACUACGUGUUAUGUGUACAUAUAUAUAGACCUCGAAGAUAACGACUUAUGUUGACUAUUUAUUAUUUAUUAUUUUUUGCAAGUCUGUUUGCCAGCUUACA